AUGAUUAUUAUGGGAUUGGAUAAUCUCUACCUUGAAGCCUUGCAAUUUCUAAACACCAUCGACUUUACGCGAUCUGAUCAACUUUCCAAAGGGUUCGAAACCAACAUUCGAUACUUAGGUGGCCUUUUAUCUGCUUACGAUUUAAGAGGUGACCGUGUCCUGAUAAACAAGGCCGUUGAACUGGCGGACCAUGUCCUGAUGCCGCUCUUUGAUUCUCCUUCCGGCGCCCCAUACACGAACUUUGAUUUCAAUACGGGCAAACCAGAGCCAACAUCGACCAUCUUGCUCGCUGAAUUUGGAAGCUAUUCUAUGGAGUUCACACGGCUAUCACAAAUCACAGGCGAUAAAAAAUAUGCGGAAACGGCGAACUCAGUUGUUGAUAAAGUCAUUGCUAAACCAAGCAGAAUGCCUGGCUUGUAUCCCAACUCCUGGAAAUUGGACCCAUUUGAACCUAUCAAUGAUAGCAUCGUGGAUGUUGGUAUGGGUGGUGACAGUUACUACGAAUAUUUGAUCAAGAACCAUGUUUUGCUUGGGGGAUCCAAAGAAAACCUUUUGAAUUCCUGGAUUGAAGCCGUCGAUAGUAUUCAAAAAUACCUGCUAUCACCUACAGCAGAAGAUCCUAGCAUUCAAUUUGUCGCUACUAGUACGAAUGGAACAGUUGGUUACCGAUCAGAUGAGCUGAUCUGCUUCUGGCCUGGCAACGUUCUUCUCGGAAUAAGUCAAAUGGAUUCCGGUCGAGACAAAAACAAAUAUUUCAAAUUCGCCAAAACGUUCAUGGAUUCGUGCAUCAAAACUUGGACCACUACUGCAACAGGUCUUGGACCUGAAUUCUGGACUUGGAAGCCCGAGGAAGCUGCUACAAAGAAGGGUUCACCUACUAUUCGGGGUUCAAUCAAGAACGUGUUUGGUGACAACAGCCAUAAAGAACAAAAGCGAGAGGAAGAAAGUACACUCCUUGGCAAGCGAGCAGGAAAUCUUGACGUGAAACCUUAUACUAUUGAUAGCCCGGCUUACAAUUUGCGUCCUGAAACAAUUGAAAGCGUCUUUUACUUUACGCGUGUAGAUACACAGAAUAGCAACUAUUACAAAAACAUCGGGUGGGACAUGUUCCAAGCCAUCGACAAGUAUACGAAAGUAAAGGCCGGGUACAGCAGCAUUUCAAACGUCGAUGAUCCAGCGAUCAGUGUCAUGCUAGAUUUCGAAGAAAGCUUUUUCUUCACCGAAACGCUCAAGUAUCUUUAUCUGAUGUUCACUGACGAAUCGUGCAUGUCCCUGGACGAAUUCGUCUUUACGACCGAGGCGCAUCCACUCAAGGCUCCCAAGGCCAUCCGUCUUCAAAAUACGUUUUAA